GUGUCAGUAAACCUUCACAUCAUCGUCUCUCCUUCUUGGCCGGCACAGGUGGCUGGCCUCGUGCUCUGUAGUCGUCGCAUACCCACCAAACAUGAAGUUCAACCUUUUCCACAUCCUCGGCGACGUGUCGCACACGUCUUCCAAAAUCAUCCUAAUAUGGGCCAUUCAUUCAAAUAGCAGCGCGGAGGGUGUCUCCCUCAUCACCCAAGCCCUCUACGCGCUCGUCUUCGCCACACGAUAUCUCGAUAUAUUCACAUCAUCGGCAACACAGGAUGGCUGGCAUACGUGGAACUUCUCGCUCAAGAUAUUCUACACCCUCUCCUCGCUGUAUAUCAUCUUUUUGAUGACGAGCGUCUAUGCCCGCACACGAGAGCGGGAAAAGGCGUGGAAGUUUGGCAUGUACGGUCUGCUGGGCAGUGUCGUAGUAGCGCCAUUCUGGUAUCUUCUAUUCAAGCACUGGGUCAUAGGGCAUAGCACUUUUCUAAAGAUGCUGUGGGUCUUCUCUGAAAUCCUUGAAUCCGUCUGUGUAGUUCCGCAGCUCCUUCUCCUCCGCCAAACAACCGUCCCUACCGUCAUCGAUUCCUUCUACCUCGUUACGCUCGGUACAUACCGCUUCAUGUAUGUUCUAAACUGGAUUGUCCGCGGCGCCAAUGAGAAGAGCUAUGCAGAUCCGACGAGCUGGGUAUGGGGCUCCAUCCAAACAGCGCUGAUGAUUGACUUUGCAUGGGUAUACUGGACACGCCAGCGCGUCAAGCUCCGGCACGGUGGCGUCGUGGACUCAGAUGACCUGGGGCGUGGAUGGCUAGUAGGCCGCUUUGUGGGCCGAAAGAGCGUCGAUUUUGACUUUGAUCAAGAGGCUGCUGCUGGACAGAGCAACAACGUAGUACAGCCGAAGAAUAAGUGGGGGCGAAAUGGCAUUUCCGUCUCUGCAGAUGAGGGCGUGGACGGAGCGCCGAAGAGGAACGGAGCGUCGAGCAGACAUGUUGAUCCCGAGAGUCAGCCCUUGGCAGACCCUGCAGCGUUUGAGGACGAGAGCGAUGAUGACGCGCCGCCACCUGCUGUUGGUGGGGGUUCUGCAGGUGAACAUGAGAGCGGUGUAAGGGGAGACGAAUGGGAUGAUGAUAUAGAUGAAGAUGCAAGGGAGCACGAUGGUACGGCUAAGCCAGUCAAAUAAGGGUACGUAAAGUGUCAGCAUAUUCGCAGCAAGCCCAUUACGUUCAGCAUGUCGCCUAAGUCUGUCCUUAUCAUACCAUGUUCCCUGCAUGCCCUACAUCGUCCGGCUCGCUAUUCUUACCCUUCG